AAAGUCAUUUCGCUCGCAACAGUCGCUUGAUUCACGACGAACGGAUCGGUUGCGGCAGGUAGUGGCCCUGUAGGACCUAGGAUAUAUUUGGCUCUCCACUCUCAGGGCUAGAUCCUGCUAUUUAGUCUACGUGUAUUUGUGCGUCUGUGUGUAUGUGGAUACGUGAGUGUUUGUGCUAGUGUCUCUGGGACUUCCCCUUCAAGGACAAUUGCAAUUCGCUUCCAGUGGAUGGUGUGUUCCCAUUUUUUUGCAGUGUCUUGAAUAACGGCGGCUGUAAAGUACCAUAUCGAUCUUCAACCAAAGCGUUCUCCCUCAGGGCGAGAGACGAUUUCCCAGUGUUUGGCGGCUGGUUUUGUAACGUGCCCAUUAGCACCCGUCCACCCAGUCGGCUGCUGAAUCAGCACCUAGUGAUAUACAUUUUUGGUGUCGUGUGGCUGAAUUUUUAACACUGCUGACGUUUUAGCCAAAUUGAAGGGCUUCAACAUUUUACUGGAUAUCUGACUGUACCGGUCAGCAUCGUUAGCGAAGUGCAGCACCAAGUGCGUGCUUGUGUGUGUGUGUGUGUUUUCUGUUGUUAACCAUCUGCGACUGCACAUUUUCGCUCGGCGCCCCGUUCGAGGGAAACUGUGGCCGCUCAGUUUGGGAGCUUUUAAUUUAUUAGAAAGCAAUACUCAAAAGAUAUCAUAACCUAUUAGAAUGGAGCUUAUCACAAACGUACACCAGGGCUGGCGGUAUCUGAUGGACGAACUAUCGGAUCCAAGGACGCGCGAUUGGCCCCUGAUGAGUUCGCCCUUUCCCACCAUCGGAAUCAGUCUGUGCUAUGCUUACUUCGUAAAGGUUCUUGGUCCCAAGCUGAUGGAAAACAGGAAACCCUUCGAGCUGCGGAAGGUGCUGAUCGUGUACAACUUCUUGCAGGUGUUGUUCAGUACGUGGCUGUUUUACGAGGCAUGCAUUUCCGGAUGGCUCGCCGGGUACAGUCUGCGCUGUCAGCCGGUUGAUUACUCCCGCUCACCAAUGGCCAUGAGAAUGGCAUCCGGUUGCUGGUGGUACUAUUUCUCCAAGUUUACCGAGUUCUUCGAUACGAUUUUCUUCGUGAUGCGAAAACGGUACGAUCAGGUGUCGACCCUACACGUUAUCCAUCACGGCAUCAUGCCGGCUUCGGUUUGGUGGGGAGUUAAGUUUACGCCAGGUGGACACAGUUCUUUCUUCGGUCUGUUGAAUACCCUCGUGCAUAUAGUCAUGUACACGUACUACAUGUUGGCCGCGAUGGGACCGAAGGUACAGAAGUACCUGUGGUGGAAGAAGUAUCUAACAGUUUUCCAAAUGGUCCAGUUCAUUCUGGUGAUGGGACAUGCCUUCCAGCUGCUGAUCUGGAACGAGUGCAACUAUCCGAUCGCGUUUGCCUACUUUAUUGGAGCUCAUGCCGUUAUGUUCUACUUCCUGUUUUCGAACUUCUACAAACAGGCGUACACCGUGCGAAAACAGGCAAAGAAGGAAAAGGCUGAACAGAUGGCACUCACCAACGGUAACCUCGAGUCUGUGCCGAACAAGAACAUCUCGAACGGGCAUACGACCACGCACAGCAAUGGCAAACCCGACUUCUACCAGACCAUCGACAAAACAAUGGAGGACAGCUACUCGACCACGCGGCAUCGUGCGUUCGUCGGGUUCGGUAGUAAUUAGAUGCUCACGACGGGAACGGUGCUAACAAACCGGUGCCCUUUUACUGUGAUCGGCACUGAGCUUUCCAGCGUGGGCUUGUUGCUCUGGCAGUGGAUGAACCUCGGAGCCAGGAGCCAUCAUUAGCUUCCAUCGCCAUCAAGCCAACGGGAAUCUUCCCUCCCGAGGGGAAAGCUCAUCGCUGAUUACUGCCUGGACGCUGCCAGUGAAAAAAUGCCUGUUUGAACAAAAUUAAGCAGAUUUGAAGAAAGGAAGCGUGGCCGUUUCGGCUUGGCAAUAGCAUUAGCGACGGAUUUUACUUGCUUUAAAUUUCUUCUACUACUUAAGGUGAACCAUUUUGCACAGUAAGAGCAAAUCGCUAGCGAGUUUAGAGCGAACGUCCAUAGCUGAUAAGACUCAAGCAUAGCAUUAAAUAGUGUUAAUAAGCCAGUUAGAUCAUAUCAAACCGUGCGUGAUUGUGAAUCGUUCCGGUGGAUGUUCAAAGAUUUCUUGUACUAUAUUGUAAGGACGCAUCAAUUAAAGCUCAUUCACUCAUACACAUGCGAUCAGGCGCACAGGGUGGUCAAGGAUAUGUGUUGCGUGUAAUUGUUUUUGUCUUUAGUCAGCUGUAAAUUAUUAAGCACUAAGCAAUUGCAACCAGAAAGGAUCGUACUUAACUGAAUUUGUUUGCCACAUGAUCGUGAAAUGAUACGCCAACGGUUGCACUCUCAGCGAUAGCUUUCGAUACUCGUACGGAAUCAUUUCUUUCAUUAGUAUGUAACGAAUCGUUAAGCAAAUCAGCGAUAAUUCCAGAGCGAGGCGAUUCGUUUUGCUCGUACAAAACUGGUAUUGGUGAAAAAUGUAUGCAAAAAAACUGGUACUGUACAUUUAUAAUAAAACAAAAUUAAUAAUACA